AAAAAAAAAAAAAUCCACAGUUAUGUUUAAAAGUAAACAUUGUUUAUUAGAAUUUUAUUACUUGGUUUAUUGAAGUUUAGUAUUAUGUUUGUUUCACAGUUAUUAAUAAUUAUUUUUAUAAACUAAAUGUUCAAAGUUUGAUCAAGAAAAAAGGAAGCUUUAUUAUAAACGUGUAUUCGUGCACGUAUUAUACUUUUGCUUAAAAAAAAAAGAACAAGGAAUUAAGAUUAUGUUUAAUAAUCAAAUGAUAAAUAUAACAACAGCAAAAGAAGAUGAUGCUACAGAAGAACAUAGUUUGAGUAAUGAAAGAAAAGAACAAACAUUUCUAACAGAUUUGAGUCCACUUAAUGACAAUAGAUUAUUUCUCAGACGGUCAUAUACAUCACCAAGAUUAUUUAAAUCAUUAAGAAAUAGAGGUUUCCUUUGUUAUAGAAUGAGCAGAUCAUUAAGCUUUGACAAUAAUAAGAAUGAUCGUUUAUUUAAAUCUCCUAAUUCUAGUUCAGGAAGUAGCAAUGUGGAUAACGAAAAGCAUUUAACAAGAUCAGCUAAAAUAAUGAGAGCACUUAAUUUUAAUUGCGGUCCAUUUUACAGUCAACGAAAAAAAAUCAAAAAGACAUUAAAUUUUAACUUAUCACCAAGUCCAAAGAAAUUUUCUAAUCUUAAAAGUUCAAGAGACAAUAUGAGUUUCAAUUUGGCCACGUCUUCACCUAAAAUUAAUAAAACGUUGAAUUUUGACACAAGUCCAAGUAAUUCUAGUACAAGCAGUAUACUUCUUACAUCAUUUGAUUCUACGGACGAAAAUCAAAAUCAAACUCCAUCUCAACGAAAUAAAAAAGCUAAAAAGAUAUUGGAUUAUAUUACACCGAAAAAAAGGAUGUAUGUUUCAUCUCAGAGUAUGGAUAUAUCAUCUCCAUCUUUACGUUUGAGUCUUAAGGAAAAGAUUGAUGACAUUGUACAAAUGAAUUGUUCACCCUCGCAUUCUUUUAAUCAAAAUAGAAAAGCAUUAAAUUUUAAUACUCGUUGCAAUAUUAGCACACCGAGAAAUUUGUAUGCAGAUUUUUCUAACGAAGAUGAUGAAAGACCGCAUACACCUGAAAAUACAAUUCCUAUUAUUCCUGAAAGUAUGAGUGCCAUAAAGAAGAGUCAUAAAAAGGAAAGAUCACUACGACAAAUGGAUAAUUUAUCUAUAAAACAUGCAAAUGUACUAGACAAAUUAACAGAUCCUUUCAUGGUUGUUGAACAAUUUGAUGAUUUGCGAAGAGAAAAAAGACCCUUAAGUCCACCUAUGGUUGAACAAAAUAUUGUAUCUGUCUGUGAUACAAAUUCUAUUGAACAAUCUCAUAAAAAAGAUAAAAGUAGGAAAAAAAUUGCAAUGUUACUUUCUGGAGAUGAACUUUCUGACUCAGGAUCUAUUUUUGAAUAUUCCAUAGGACAAGGAAAUAUAAACAGAAAAAAUAAUACAUGCCAUACCGAAAUUAAUCUUAAUAAAAGUGAUGAUAUCAUAGAUUAUGAUUCAAACAGUAACAAUAUAUCAGCAAAUAGUAUUGGUUGUUGUGAAUUAAUAAAUAGUUCAAAUGAAACAAUAAAUAAUCAAAGUCUUGAUAUUAUUACUGGUAUUGAUACAAAAUCUAGUUCUAGUGUUGAGGAAGAAGUAUGUAGCACAGUUUCUCAAAAUCCCUUACCAAGUACUAGUAAUGCCAAUAAGAUAAAUAGAUCAGUAACACCACUAACAUGUGAAACUAAUUCUGUAUCACCAGUAAGAGUAAUAACUCCAGAAAAUCAAAUAGAUUUCUUACAACAAAUUCAAACUGAGUCAAUUAAAAAGUCUCAUAAAAAGAUUAAGGAAGAAAAAAGGAAGAAACUUUUUUUACCUAGAAAUCUUGAACAUAAACUUAAGGAAGCAAAAUUGGAUACUGUUAAAAAUAAGCAUUUUGAAGUAUCAAAAGAUGAUCAAGAUGAUGAUGAUCAUGAUGAUGAUGAUGAUAAUAAUAUUCCAACAAAUGAGAACUGUGUUAAUAUAGACAUUGUUGUUCGUGCUAGUACACCUGAAAAUGUUAAUUCUAGCAGAUUGUUAUUGUCAAAUUUUACUUCGGUUAAAAAAUCACACAAAAAAGACAAACAUAAUAAAAUCGUUUCACAAUUUAUACGACGUCAACAAUUGUUAAAUAAAGAUGCGGAUUAUAAUAAUGUGCAACAUGAAUUGCACAAUGACGUAAUCAAGAAGGAUCAACGAAAAAUCAAAAAUAAAUUUCAUGAAAAUGAUGGCGCUAUGUCUAAUUUACAUAUAGAUAAUAUCAAACUUGACUUUAAGGUGUCUCCAAGUAAAAGAAAAAUAUUAUCCUGUUUACCAAAUGACGAUGACAAUGACGAUGACAAUGACGACGACGACGAUGAUGAUAAUAAUGAUGAUGAUGAUGAUGAUGAUGAUGAUUUAUUACAUUUACCGUGCAAUUCUAAAUUAACACAAAGUGAGGGUAGAAAUAUGGAGGAAUUUAAAAUUUCUACACCUAUUAAAAAAAGAAGAGCAUUAUUACAAACUGAUGUGAAAUCUGAUUGUUUACAUAAAGUACAGUCAAAUACAAAUGAUUCAUUUGAAGAAGAGAUUGUAAAUAUCGAUGCAUCUAGAUGUUUAACCCCCAUUCAAAGAUAUCUUGGUUGUACGGUAUUAUCAAGGCAAAAUACUGAUCUGUUAAAAACAAUUAAUGACGAUAAGAAUUCAAGUAAUGGGAAAAGUAAUUCAAUUGAAGAAGAAGAACAACAGCAGCAACCUGAUACGCAAGAUCAGAAUGGAAGAUCAACACCUCAAAAUAUGUCUACAAUAGAAUUACUUCCUAACAUUAAUUCCAUUAAAAAAUCUCAUAAAAAGGAUAAACGUGGAAAUGGAUUACAUAGAAGUCUUAUUUUAGAACAAGAAAAAUUAUUUUUAAAGAAAAAUGAUUACAACUAUUUGCAGAAUGAUCAUAGAAAUUCAACAAUAAUUUCUAAACCAAAUGAUAAUAAAUCAAGUUUAGCUGAUAAUACUUGUUCAACAAAUAUGUUGAACGAAGGUAGUAACAACUAUGCGCAAAAUUCAACUGUUACAAUUUAUAAAGAUUCUCCAACUAUCAGUCAAGAUGUUAAUGUUAAUGAUAGAGAAAAUAUCCUAACAAAUGAUACUACCUCAUCUAAUAAGACUCCGCCAAACUGUUUAAUGGUAAAAAAUUAUAUGAGAUUGUUGCAAACAACUUCAAUUAAAAAAUCUCAUAAGAAAGAACGAGAUCGUAAGAAACAUAAAAUAAUAAAUAAAGACCCAGAAUUGUCAGAUGAAGGAUCUAUAUUUGGAGAAAGUGAGAAAGUUGAUACCACCUUAGACGAUUUACAUAUUGAAAUUAAUAGCAAUAAGACUGAUAUAGAUAGAUCUGAUUAUGUAUAGAUUAUAAAUGAAGAGAUAUAAUGUAAAAGAAAUAAAAAAAAAGAUUAAUUAAUUAAUUAUAACAGAAGAGUCCAAAUUUUUUUAGUGGCAAUAUUCUAAGGAUGGACGACCUAUAUUUUUUCAUGUAAGGCAUUUUUGUUUUCAAUUUUUCUAGUAAAAAAACACGCAGCCUUUUGUAGGCAAUUAAUAAUGUAUUUGCUCUCUUAACUUUCUAUAAACAUAAAUUAAUGUUAACAGUAUUUUAUUAAAAGAAAUUAUUGAUUUUAAGAUAAAUGCACAAGCAUAAAGGACGACGAGUCUUUGUUAUAAACGAAUCUAUAAUACAAUACGCAACUUAAGUGUUAAUUUUUGAUACAUUAUUAUUAUUAUUAUUAUUAACAGUAUUCAUAAACGUAAACUGUAUACAAUUAAUCCUAUUCUAACAGUGAUACAAAUUAUUACUUUCAUUAUUACUUUCAAAAUUAACGUCAUUGAUGAAAUAAUUGAGAAUUAAACUUAGGUCAAUUAUUUCUAAUAAUAUCUUAAUAACAUUAAAUAAUAUUUUAAAACAUUAAUCAAUACAAAAGUUUAUUCACAAGGUGUUGGUUAAUGUACAUUAAAAUUACAUUUAGUGUAGAAUAAUUGAUCAUGUUUAUAAGCCAAUUUUUCUGCACAACAUAUAAUUAUAAUAUAUAAUUGAAAAAAAAAAACAAAAAAACAAAACAAUUAAUUUCAUAAUGUUAAAUUGAUAACUUUAUUAGAUUCGUCGUUACAACAUUAUCAAGAAAAAUACAUAUAAGUUUUGAGAUGAUAAUGAUAAUAAUAAGACUAAUAUAGCUUUAUGCUGAACAUUUUAAAACUAUCUAAUUAGUAUUAUCAAGAUAUGAUGAUGGUGUCAAGAUAUAUUUGAAAAGGUUAUAUACGGCAAUAUAAUCGAAAUCAUUUAAUAUAAGAAGUUUAGUUUAUAUUUGAUAUAUGUUUGUUACAAAAUAGUAACACAAUUGUUAAUUUAAUUCCCACGUAUUAUUAUACCUAAAACCUGUUACAUUUGGUAGAUAAUUUAUAAAUACUAUAUUUUUUAU